AUGUCCGAGGACCAACGAGUAGCAGACAUAACGGGGCAAAGUGUUGCGCUCGUCAAAGAGAUGCGCCAGCUCCUACCCAACAAACAAAGCAGCGUCGUCAACCCUCGAUUCGACCCCGCCACCGUCGAGAACGAUGCCAAGACCACAACGAUCAUUGCGCACUCGCGCUUUCCCGACCUUGUUCAACAAUUCCUAGUGCACAAAGUACAGCAUGGCACUCCCGCUGAGCAGCUUCUCUACAUGUCUUUGUCUCGGCACCAGGAGAUUUCUCGUCUUGUCUCCAAGCGUCCCCUGGUCUUCAUGAACCCCGGAGACACCACCGUACUCCGAAAUGGCAGGAAUGUUGGCAACGCGGCCAAAUCCUGGGAUCGUGUUGGUACAGAGGAGGAGACAAUCAAUGAGAAUAUCCGGCUCGAGGACUACCUGAGCUACGACGAGAUGAUGUUGAGUGCGCUGAUUGGGGUUUCGGGCUCAAGCUACUUUGUGAACGAUGGCGGCAGGUAUAAUAGUGCUAUCCCUGGGCCGAGCGGCACGUUUGAGGAACGAGGAGUGAUCAUUGGACUUGUCGGGGCCCGCUUUGAAAGGCCCGAUCACAUGGAAUCAACAUACAUCCUGCCGCCCGUUGCAAGGUCAAGGAUGCAUCCGGAUUUGCGUCGAAUAUGGAACGAGUUCUUUGGAAUCAGCCCUACAGCCCCAGGCACCACCUUCAACAAAGUGGCAUACCAGGCCCGCAUGCGCCUGACUGCAGAGAUACUCUUGUUCGAGGCCAACAGGCGUGCGGAGAUUGCGGGCAAGAAGGCCUACGUGUACAUUGUCGGCCUCGGCCUCGGCGUGUGGCAGAAAAAUCCCGACCAGGGGCGGCUCUAUGUCGAAGUCUUUGAACAGGUCAUAAGAGAGCAAGGUGCUGAGUUGACUGACCUGAAAACGCUUGAAUUUGCCUGGAUCGAUGUACCUGGUAAAGAACGAACAAACAUGAGAAGCGCUGCACAGGAACAUGGGAUCGACGUACUGUUUUCCAAGAGGAACCCGGCCGCAAAGCUGAAAGGAGACAAGGCCGGCCAGCUCCUGGUGCUGAGUUACGCCUGGGACUCGAACAGCUUCCCUGGAAACGAGUACUGGAUGAACAAUCUACAGGCAAGCGGAGACCCGGCGGCAGCUUGUAUGUCUACAAUCGCGGAAUUGCACAAUCCAGUCAUCAACCCUGCAUUCCUGAAUAGAUUAGAGCUGCUGGGGUAA